AUAUAAGAUUGCGUGGGUUCUGCCUAAAGCUCAAUUACCAGCGCUUUGGCUUCUCUGAGUUGGGGUUGUGUAUAGGGGUCUUCGAACAGUGCUGGAACCAGCCAGCAGCCUUUAAUUCUUGGGCGGACCACGGCCGGUUCUGAUAUCUUAGGGUGAAGAGAGGGAGGUGUCGGCCAGCCAAGAGAGAAAAUUGCGGAUCUUGGGCUCAGGAAGACGGGAGAAGGGGUUCGGGGUCCCGGGGUGGAAGCACGGUCGUCGUGGUUGCGCUUAUAGAAGUAGGAGCAGGUGGUGGAUCUUAGGAAAACGGUUCCCCGUUCUCCAAGCUGUUCUGAAGACAUUUAUGUUUCUUCUCUUGAUCUGAUUUCUAGCUCUGCUAUACCGUGGCCUGGAAUAGUUCAAUGUUUUUAUUUUCAUUGAGCGUAAAAGUGGAGAUGUUAAUUACUCAGGAAUGUAUUGCUUGAGGCAGUUCACCUUCAGCUUUAUUACUUAAAAAUAAUACAUUAUUUAAGUGUAAUAUAGCAAAUUGUUACAGAAAAAUAAUCUGUAUUUUUAAUGCAAAACAGAGGGUUCUCGUGGCAACCUUUUACUACCUUUGCCUUAACCUUUGGCCACUGUUCUUGGCUAAGAUGAGCAGCCACCAUACCACCUUUCCUUUUGACCCUGAGCGGCGAGUCCGGAGUACGCUGAAGAAGGUCUUUGGGUUUGACUCUUUUAAGACGCCUUUACAGGAGAGUGCGACCAUGGCUGUAGUAAAAGGUAACAAGGACGUCUUUGUGUGCAUGCCCACAGGGGCAGGAAAAUCCCUAUGCUAUCAGCUCCCUGCUCUGUUGGCCAAAGGCAUCACCAUUGUAGUCUCUCCUCUCAUUGCUUUGAUUCAGGACCAAGUGGACCACUUGCUAACCCUAAAGGUACGAGUAAGUUCCCUGAACUCGAAGCUGUCUGCACGGGAAAGGAAGGAGCUGCUUGCUGACCUGGAGCGAGAAAAGCCCCAGACCAAGAUUCUGUACAUCACCCCAGAGAUGGCAGCUUCAUCCUCCUUCCAGCCCACCCUGAACUCCCUGGUGUCCCGCCACCUGCUGUCUUACUUGGUGGUGGAUGAAGCUCAUUGUGUUUCCCAAUGGGGGCAUGACUUUCGUCCUGACUACUUGCGUCUGGGUGCCCUGCGCUCCCGCCUGGGACAUGCCCCUUGUGUGGCUCUGACCGCCACAGCCACCCCACAGGUCCAAGAGGACGUGUUUGCUGCCCUGCACCUGAAGAAACCAGUUGCCAUCUUCAAGACUCCCUGCUUCCGGGCCAACCUCUUCUAUGAUGUGCAAUUCAAGGAACUGAUUUCUGAUCCCUAUGGGAACCUGAAGGACUUCUGCCUUAAGGCUCUUGGACAGGAGGCUGAUAAAGGGUUAUCUGGCUGCGGCAUUGUGUACUGCAGGACUAGAGAGGCUUGUGAACAGUUAGCCAUAGAGCUCAGCUGCAGGGGUGUGAACGCCAAGGCUUACCAUGCAGGGCUGAAGGCCUCUGAAAGAACGCUGGUGCAGAACGACUGGAUGGAGGAGAAGGUCCCUGUAAUUGUUGCAACCAUUAGUUUUGGGAUGGGAGUGGAUAAAGCCAAUGUCAGGUUUGUCGCCCAUUGGAAUAUUGCCAAGUCUAUGGCUGGGUACUACCAGGAGUCUGGCCGGGCUGGCAGGGAUGGGAAGCCUUCCUGGUGCCGUCUCUAUUACUCCAGGAAUGACCGGGACCAAGUCAGCUUCCUGAUCAGGAAGGAAGUAGCAAAACUCCAGGUAAAGAGAGGAAACAAAGCAUCUGAUAAAGCCACUAUCAUGGCCUUUGAUGCCCUGGUGACCUUCUGUGAAGAACUGGGGCGAUGGGGCAGGGGCCACGGAAAGAGUCUGAGGGCUGCUUGGUGUAGUCAGGUUGUGUCCAGGCAUGCGGAGCUGUGAGUGCCUGCAUGAGAGACACCCAGAAGGAGUUUUUACAUUUUGGUCUAAAAAGCUCUUGGAUUCAUCUCAUCUCAUGGAAUGAUCCUGUCGGAUGACGCUGACGUGAUUGCUUCAGACUUAGAGGUGAAUAAAUUGAGGUCCAGAGAGGUCACAGUCACGAAGCUCAUGGUAGACUGAGGCCACUAAACACCCGUCUCCUGAUUUUCAGUGGCGUGCUCAUUUGCGUACACCUGGGCCAUCUUGGUUUUUGCAAGAAAAAAGCGAGGAAAUCAGAGAGACUCUUUGGGCUGUGUGUUUUUAUUUCCACCUCCUCCUGUUGACCAGUGAGUCGGUGGCUUCUGGACUGAAGCUAUUUUCUUCUCCAAACUGCCGUCUCUAAUUUGGCCUCUGUGGCAAGACCACGCCCAGCAAAAGUGGUCGGCUGCAGUGCCAGGACCACCCUUGCCUGCAGCCUUUGCGACCAGAGCCCUUUUCAAGCACAAUUAAUAUGGGAGUUGCUAAAUUUGGCCUUCUUAGGCUUCUUGAGCAGAGCUCUUAUUUCUGGUGAGGAAUGAAAGGGCCAAGUGUUCCUGUUCAUUGUGAGUCCUCUUUGCUGAAAAAAGCUCUGGGGCUGUCUGAGGCUCUGGAAUGCUCUCUGGAGGGUUAACUCUGCCUGUCCCCAGGGUCUGCUCAGCCUGCCAGGCAAGGGAACAGGUCCUCCCAAGGGCCUCUGCCUUCAUUUCUCCUGUCACCUUCCGGGGAGCUGGGACUUCUUAGUGCAUCAGUGGCCUGGUUGCCAGGGGCUGGGGUCCAGGCAUCUGUGGACUCAAGGAGUACAGGUGACGGUGUUGCGCUGCCUCUUGAGCAGCCUUGUGCCUGUCUCCUUUGCUACAUGUGAUGAUUCUGAAAUCCAGGCAGCAGGCUGGAAUAAACGCUGCUGGUAUGUCUGUAUUGGCUACUGUUCUUUGAAUAAGUGAAUGUUUCUUUAUUGCAUAACUGGCGUGUAGCACAAAGAAAAAGCCCCUUCUCCACCAGAUAUUUGCUUCCUAAGAAUAGUUCUCAUUGGAGGCUGAGGUCGAAGCAGCCUCCCACCAGCGAUCCCUUGGGGUGGGCACCUGGCAGUGAGGGACAGAGCUAGUGGGGUGGGCUCAGCAGAAGUGGGUGCAUUUCUGCAAAGGAAGCUGUAGGUUUCUUGUCAGUUUGUUGUGGGGUCUGAGGCACAUGGGAGUGGGACCAGCAGAAAAGAUACUCAGGUCAGUUAACUAAUGAGGCGGGGCUGUGGCAGCCAGCGGUUUUCCUCUCUUCUCUAUCUGUAGCUACUUUCUCUGGGCUGCAGCCUUGAAAAAGCAGGGUUUGAUUAUUCAUAACAAUGAGUGUCUUUUAGUGUCACAGGGAACAGUUAUUAGGUUUGAAGCAACCUCCAGCUUGAGGCCUCGGCAUCUUGAGAUGGAAGAGCAGCCUUGUGUUUAGACCUGGAUUGAAUUGGGCCCUGUUGUUUCCUGGGAUCUUGGGGCUGGGGGUGCCCAACAGCCUGGCAUCUUCUUGUUUCUCUGUGUGUUUACUCAUUCAUUCAUUUAUUCAGCUGAUAAAUAUUGACUGAUGCCAGCUCUGUGCCAGGCACACUGGACAUGGGGGAUACACUAGUGGGCAGAAACAGCCCCGUCCCAGAGCCGGCCAUGGUGGCUCAUACCUGUUAUACCAGCACUUUGGGAGGCUGAAGUGGGAGGAUCGCUUGAGCCUGGGAGUUCAAGACCAGCCUGGGCAACAUGGCAAGACCCUGUCUCUACUAAAAAUACAAAAAAAAAAACCAAAAACCACAAUUAGCCAGGCAUGGUGGCACACGCCUGUAGUCCCAGCUGCUCAGGAGGCUGAGAUGGGAGGAUCAUGUGAACUCAGAAGUCGAAUCUGCAGUGAGCCGAGAUGGUGCCACUGCACUGCAGCCUGGGUGAUGGGAGUGAGACCCCAUCUAAAAAAAAAAAAAAAAAAAGGCCGGGCGCCGUGGCUCGUGCGUGUAAUCCUAGCACUUUGGAGGCUGAGGCGGGUGGAUCACAAGGUGAGGAGAUGGAGACCAUCCUGGCUAACACGGUGAAACCCCAUCUCUACUAAAAAUACAAAAAAAUUAGCCGGUCACGGUGGUGGGAGCCUGUAGUCCCAGCUACUCAGGAGGCUGAGGCAGGAGAAUGGCGUGACCCGGGAGGUGGAGUUUGCAGUGAGCUCAGAUAGCGUCACCGCACUCUAGCCUGGGUGACAGAGCAAGACUGCGUCUCAAAAACAAAGAAACAACAACAACAAAGACAUAUAAGUCCUGUAAAUGGUGUUUCGAGAGUAUAAAACAAGUGGCCUUACCCUAAUCCUCGAGGGUUAGGGAAGAUUUACCUGAGGGAGUCAGGUUCAAACAGAGAUACAAAGGAUGAGGAAGGACUAACUAGGCCAUAGAGUAAAGUGUGGUGUGAGGGAGAGCAUCCCAGUCAAUGAGAAUAGCAUGUGCAAAUGCCCUGUGGUGGGAGAGAACACAGCAUAUUCAAGAAUUGAAAGACACGCUGAGAACCCAGGGGCAGGGCGGGAUGGGGUGGGCGAGAUGGCUGGAGACAGGCAGGCUACAGCGUGCAGGCCCCGGUGCGGCUUUGUUCGGGAAG